AUGACUUUACAGCCACAGCUUCUCGCUGUGUGCUUUUCUCUGGCCUCAGUUUUAGGGACAGUGGAAUCAGUCGUAACAGCAGAAACUCAGAAAUUCACUUGCAGGACAUUCGGCAGUGGGGUGGUCCAGCCUUUCUACGGUUCAGAUUUCUAUGUGCGGUCCAACUGUCCCUUCACCCUCACCCGCUUCACCCACAACCGGGUGGAAUGUGAUAUCACAAUACAGCGAGAUGACAGCGGGCUUGUGGUCCAGGUUGAGAUCAUCAUCAACAAAAUCAGGACUGUUGUGCGGAAUGCAAACAUUUGGGUGGAGAAGAAUAGGGUUUCUCUUCCGUAUGAUCACACCUAUCAGCACAUCUUUCAGUAUGGCAUCUACACCAAACUGAAGAGCUCACUGCUUCCUCUGUCUGUCACCUGGCACAAUGUACUUGGAGGAAUAGACACUGUGUGGGUGGAGCUAGAUCAAGAGCUGAGCAUCGACAUGACUGGAUUGUGUGGAAAAUCCAAUGUACAGGGCGACAAACAGCAGUCUAUCUCAGAGAGCGUCAUUGCUGAUGACACAUGUCAAAUCAGAGAUCCUGCCUCUGCUGUUAAUAGUGAUUGCAGAUAUUUCCUUUCCUUCACAUUGGAUUGUCUUCAAGAAGAGACGCUUCAUUAUAUUCAGCUCUGUGAAGAAAAUAUUUAUGGCUUUAAAGAAAGCAAAUACAUCAGCUGUGCUUUCUUCAAAGAAAUAAUCACCCAGUGUGGAAACAGCAGCUUUGCCUGGGACAUUUGGAGAACUGCUACUAAAUGUGAAAAACCAAAUUGUCCAGGAGACCUUGAUUAUGUAGAAAAGGGUGCAGCCUUUGUUCCAACCUGCACCAACCCAAAUCCAACAAUCUCCUACCAGGAUCUCACCAGCUCAUGUGUCUGCCCAAAGAGUAAGGUGCUCAAUGAUCACACAGAAGGCUUCCAGUGUGUAAGUGUGUCCAGUUGUCCCUGUGAGUUUGCUGGCAAAAGCUACACAUCUGGAGAGCUACGCAGCACUAAGUGCCAGUCGUGUCUUUGUUCCAAUGGGAAAUGGCAGUGCUCAGAAAAUAUGUGCCCUUCCAGAUGUUUAAUUGAAGGGCAUUUUGUGACGACAUUUGAUGGCAAACACUAUGUCCUGCCUGGUAAAUGUACAUAUGUGGCCUCACAGGGUCAAAACUGGGCAAUUGUAAUAGAGUUUUCAGCAAAAGCACCCUCUAUGAAAAUGGCUAUACUGCAGAUAUUUCAGGAAACGUAUACAUUUUCACACAAUAUGGUAACAUUUGGAGAAGAGGAAGUCACUGAGCUUCAUCAGACUGAUCAUGCUCUGGUUUUCUGGCAGUCGUCCAUGUAUGUCCAGGUGCACACAACUUUAGGAAUUAACAUUCAAGUCCAGAUGUUUCCUGAAAUCCAGCUGUACGUCACGUCAACUGGAAACCACAAGGACAUGUCAGGUCUCUGUGGCAAUAACAACAAUGACACAACAGAUGACUUCACCACCAGCAGUGGAAUUGUAGAGAACUCACCUCAACCCUUUGCUCUUUCUUGGAGUAUUGGUGCUUGUCCAGUUAACAUACCCCCCUCCUGCAUCAAAACAGAAUACGAGAUAUUUGCUGAUGAGAAGUGCUCCGUGUUGAACAUACCAAGUGGGAUAUUUUCUACGUGUCAUGCUCAUAUCCCAACUGAUUACUUCUAUGAGGUCUGCAUCCAAAGAACCUGUAACUGUGCUAGUGGUCUGCAGCAGUGUUUGUGUCUCGCUCUUGGCAGUUAUGUCAAAGCCUGUUCCAGCCUGGGUGUUGAAGUUGGCGACUGGAGGAAAGCAACCAACUGCACUGUUGAAUGUCAAAACAACCAAGAAUUCUCCUACAACAUCCCUGCCUGCAACCGUACAUGUGGUUCCCUGUCUGGCCCUGACCCUCGCUGUGAGCUGGAUGAUGCACCUGUGGAGGGCUGUGGCUGCCCAGAGGGAACUCAUCUGAACCAAGGACACAUCUGUACCCCAAAGGCAGGAUGCCAUUGUCACUUCCACGGUGGUUCAACCCCACCUGGGCCUGUUGUUAUCGAUGGACGACAGUGCUCUUGUGACAAUGGAAAGCUGAAAUGCUCUGAGGACUGUGGGUGCCGAAAUGGGAAAGUUUGUGUUCACUGCUCAGAGGACAACAUAAAGACAGCACAAAAAACCUGUGACAGUCUCAGCAAGCCGAUGGGGGCCCGUAUGACCUGUGAAAAUGGCUGUUACUGCCCUUAUGACCAGUAUGAGGAUCACCGUGGAAACUGUGUUUCCCUGGAUGAAUGUACUUGUGUGUACAGCGGCAAAGUAUUCGGUGAAGGACAAAGUGUCAAAACCAACUGCAAAACAUGCACCUGUGGUCAGGGUCAGUGGCACUGCAAGGCUGAGCCUUGUUCGGGGAGGUGUCAGGUUUAUGGAAAUGGACACUACCAGACCUUUGACUCCAAAUGGUACCGCUUUGAUGGAAAUUGCCAGUACACACUUGUAGAGGAUGACUGCGGCAAGAGAAACAGUACCUUUUCUGUGAGAGUGGAGAGUGUGCCUUGUUGUGAUGAGGCGCUCACCUGCUCUCGCUCCAUCAUCAUUGACCUGCAGGGCAAAGUCACCUUGACGUUGAGCGACAUAAGGGUGACCCGACAAUACCAUGGUAAUGGAACUCAGGAAGGCUUUCUAUACUCCAUACACACGGUGGGACUUUACAUCAUAAUCUCAGUUCCCAGCAAAGGGAUAACUCUCAUUUGGGACAAACACACCCGGAUCACUGUAGAGCUGAGUGCAUACUGGAAGAACAAGGUAUGUGGCCUCUGUGGGAAUUUUGACUCCAAUGAGAUGAAUGACCUACAGAUAAUUGGCUCAGAAGUCAUGUCCAGUCCUUUGGCGUUUGGCAACAGCUGGAAGGCUGCGGCUCCUCCUUGCUCCGAUGUGACAACUGAAAUAUUUCCAUGUGAACGCAACUCUUACUGCGCUGCUUGGGCUGAGCGGCGCUGUAUGAUUAUUACUGGAAAUAUUUUCAAAGACUGCCAUUACAAAGUGGAUCCGUUGCCCUACUUCCAUGCAUGUGUGCAGGAGUCCUGCUCUUGUGAGUUUGAAGGGAAGUUUCUGGGAUUCUGCACUGCUGUGGCAGCCUACGCAGAGGCCUGCAGUGACCACGAUGUGUGUGUAAACUGGAGAACACCUGAUUUGUGUCCUGUCUACUGUGACUACUACAACGAGAAGGACCAAUGUAGCUGGCACUAUGAAGCCUGUGGUCAGAUGCUCACCUGUGGAAGAAGCAGCUUACCUCACAAGCUGGAAGGUUGUUACCCGAGAUGUUCAAAGGAUGCACCAUACUAUGAUGAAAAUGUUGGUGAAUGCACCAAAUUGAAUAACUGCACCUGUUAUUUCAAUGACACCGUCAUACAGCCUGGUGCUGUGGUGGUGAUGCAGUCUAUAUCGUGCCUAUGUGUAGAUGGCGCAAUUCACUGUCUGCCCCCGCCAACUACGACUACCACAACUCCCACAACAGCCCCCACCACUGCUGAUACAACUACUGCUGAAACAACUGUACCUUCUACAACACCAACAAUAUCAACUACUGCUGAAACAACUGUACCUUCUACAACACCAACUACUGCUGAAACAACUGUACCUUCUACAACACCAACAACAUCAACUACUGCUGAAACAACUGUACCUUCUACAACAUCAACAACAUCAACUACUCCUGAAACAACUGUACCUUCUACAACACCAACAACAUCAACUACUCCUGAAACAACUACAUCAACUACUCCUGAAACAACUGUACCUUCUACAACACCAACAACAUCAACUACUGCUGAAACAACUGUACCUUCUACAACACCAACAACAUCAACUACUGCUGAAACAACUGUACCUUCUACAACAUCAACAACAUCAACUACUGCUGAAACAACUGUACCUUCUACAACAUCAACAACAUCAACUACUGCUGAAACAACUGUACCUUCUACAACAUCAACUACUCCUGAAACAACUGUACCUUCUACAACAUCAACUACUCCUGAAACAACUGGGCUUUCUACAACAACACCAUCGAUUAGCACUGAAACCUUCACUCCUUCAACAUAUUCAACCCUGCCACCCACUACUACAGUCUCGUGUGAGUGUGAAGACCUGAAGAGGAAAAGAAGCUGGACUUGCAAUGAGAUGUGGACAGAGGACUGUUUUAAUAAGAUCUGUUUAAAUGGGAAGAUAGAGUUGACUCCAGUGGUUUGCCCAGACCUGACAAUUCCUGAAUGCCCCAGACAACAGCUCAAAAAAGUCUUGGAUGGAUGCUGUGAAACAUGGAAGUGUGACUGUCGCUGUGAUUUAUAUGGAGACCCCCAUUACAUCACUUUCCAAGGAGUACCUUUUGAUUUCCUGAAUGACUGCUCCUACAUUUUGGUAGAGGAGCGCUCACCACGUCAUCAUCUUACGAUUGCUGUGGACAACUUCUUCUGUAUUCCGGGACUCGACGGCUCUUGUGUUAAAGGAAUCAUCCUGAAAUAUCAGAACAGUACAGCUACACUUAAGCUCAAUCCACCUUUGUCAUCAGUACAGGCUACUCUGAACAACAUGACCAUAGAGCCACCAUAUGAGGAGCAUGGUUGGAGGUUUGAAUUCACGGGAUACACAGUGUCCAUCUACCUCCCAGAGAUCCGCUCUUAUGUCUCUCUCAGUGCAUCUUAUAACCUGGUGAUAAAUCUGGCCAUGGAGCACUUCCUCAACAACACCCAGGGACAAUGUGGUGUUUGUGGAGGUGGAUCCUGUAUUCGAAAAGGAGGGCUGAUUGAAGACGAUAGCUGUUGUGAAAAGACAUCUUAUGACUGGCUGUAUGAUGAUCCACAGAAGCCAGCCUGUUUUUCUGCACCAAGGAACGUGCCUUGUCAUCCAAAUACACCCUCUACCACACCCUUUACCACUACUCACACCACCUUGUGCCCUGCAAGUCUACUAUGUGAGCUGCUAGAUCACCCAGUCUUUUCGAAUUGCAGUCAGUUUGUGAAUCUGAUUGUUAAAAAGAAGAAUUGUGAGUUUGAUUCGUGCAGAAUUGGCGCUUGCGCUUCACUAGAGCAAGCUGCUGAGGAAUGUAAGAGGGCUGGUUUCUGUAUCGACUGGAGAAGACUGACUAAUGGAAUCUGUGAUUUGACAUGUCAAGAAGGACUGGUUUUCAGAGAGUGUCAAAACAAGCUGGAUGACUUCUGCUAUAGAGGAGAGCAAUAUAAUGGAACGUCCCUUGAGAACAACAGUGCAGGCUGUUUUUGUCCCAGUGGCUUGAUAAGGAUGGGAAACCACUCAAAUGUUUGUGUGUCUGAGUGCCCCUAUUGUAAAGGACCACUUGGUGAGCCCAAACUGCCUGGUGAGGUUUGGCAGUCCGGCUGUCACCUGUGUACAUGUAACAUCCAGACUCGAACAGAGGACUGUUUCCGAAAACCUCUUCAGCAACCUCCUACCUGUGGCCCAGAUGCUGAAUUGUUUAACACCUCUUGCUGUGGUGAACCGACUUGUGUUGAGAAGACUUGCAUAUAUAAUGGAAAAACUUACAAGGUGGGAGACAGAUGGAAUGAGACCACCAAUCCCUGUAUGUCAUUCACUUGUCACAAAGGUGGUAUUCAGACUGAGACUAAAGUCUGUCCCAUUAACAACUGUCAGGAGGAGGACCAAAUUUGGGACGACCAACACUGCUGCUUUACAUGUAAUCAGAGCUGUUCUCCAAAGUUGACCAGUAUCAACAUUACCAUAGACAACUGUACCACCAUCAUGCAGAUGUCUGUGUGUCAGGGCCAAUGUGUUUCUCAGCCAAGGGUGGUGUUACAUGGUGACCUGCAGGUGGAGCAGGAGUACAAAUGCUGUCAGGAGCGGAGUUCAGAGAGGAGAUCAGUGACACUGCAGUGCCUUGACCUCAGUGCCAGAAGUUACACCUACAAACAUAUCACCAGCUGUGAGUGCAGAGCCUGUCAUAUACUGAACUGAAAAGUACAACACAUGCAACAGCUAAACUAUUUGACAUCUUUUUGAAUUACAAAUCAAAAUCUAAUGUGUUCAAAUGCAAUAAGUAUUAAAUCAAGCAUUUGAUAUAAUGACUAUCUUUGAGUUUUUCUCUAAAACAUGACUGGGUCUGUUUUAUAUCAAAUAAACUAAAUCUUUUAAUA